UUUUCAAAAUAGUCGUCGAUCUCAAAAUCUCAGCUCGCUCGGCUUCAUUCGGUUCGGUUCACCGAAGCUGCACGAAGAAAUCGAAUCGGAGAACCGAUGGUACACGGGUGGGGUAACCAGAGAGCAACUAUACCGAGCAAGUGAAGGGAGAAGCUCUCUGUUCCGAGGUCGGUAACUAAGUGUCAGUAGUCAGAGUCGACCCGAGUGGAGGAUCAGACCGAACGAGCACUAUGAUCGAGCAUCGGAGGAGCGUGACCCUAUUGGCCCUGCUGCCUUUUCUGCUCUCAGUCGAGGCGACUACCCUUUUGGGGGCGCCACCGUGCCCCGACCCUCACGGAGUUUUCGCGUAUGCCCACCCAGAGAAUUGCAACGCCUUCUUUCUCUGCACGAACGGCACCCUGACCCUCGAGCACUGCGAGAACGGAUUACUUUUCGACGGGCAUGGCGCCGUGCACGAUCACUGCAACUAUCACUGGGCCGUCCAGUGCGGGGAUCGCAAGGCUGACCUGACCCCGAUCAGCAGUCCUGGAUGCGAGUAUCAAUUCGGCCUUUACCCUGCGAGCGACGCCUGCAGCACCACCUACAUCAGAUGUGCUCAUGGCCAUCCCAAUGAGGAUCAUUGCGACGCAGGAUUGGUUUACGACGCGAAGAGUCAUAAUUGCGUCUGGCCCGAUCAACUGUUGCCCUACUGCAACCCGGAGGAAAUAGUCGGCUUCAAAUGUCCUCACAAAGUACCUUCCCACACCGCUGCUGCCAAGUUCUGGCCUACCCAAGGUAAAUCCUUUUUUAGACAAUGCAAUGGAGAAUUAUUCGUGAACCAGUCGUAAAUUCGUAUUCGAUUA